UGGGUUCACGUGGAAAAACGAAGGAGGGCGGGGAGAACAAACAUGGCCGACCAAACAUUGGAGGUAAACACAGCUGUUGAGGACCGCGUAGAAAACCCAGAGCCAGAGGAGCCAGAAGUUUCGGGUCCGGCGACCGACGAUGAACCCGACCCCAGCCAGGGUCGGGACCCGCCCGAGACGUCGCACCCGGCCGCGGCAGAGGGCAGCUGGUCGGCUCCGCUCUUGUCCCUGGCUCGGAAGGCCACGGAGACGAUCAGCAGCGGGAUGAGCUACGCGACUGCUCCCAGGAAAGCCUCCCAGGACUCCGCGGCGGGGUCUCCGAACGAGAAGGAGGGCGGAAACGAGCCAGGCGGCUCGUCGGAAAAGCUCCCCGCUGUGCCCCUCAAAGACCCCAUGGCUAUAGAGAGAUCCAACCUGCUCAGCAUGCUGAAGCUCAGCAUCAAGGUGCUGAUCCAGUCCUCCCUCAGCCUGGGCAGGACUCUGGACUCCGAGUACCCUCCUCUCCAGCAGUUCUUCCUGGUCCUUGAACACUGCCUCAAGCACGGCCUUAAAGCCAAGAAGUCCUUUAUUGGGCCGAGCAGAUCCAUAUGGGGCCCUCUGGAGCUUGUUGAGAAGCUGUGUCCGGAGUCUGCCAACAUUGGCACCAGCGCCAGAGACCUGCCCGGCAUCAGGACGGGUUUAGGAAGGGCGCGGGCCUGGCUGCAUUUGGCGCUCAUGCAGAAGAAAGUAGCCGACUACCUGAAAGCCCUGCUGGACCGCAAGGACCUCCUGAGUGAGUUUUAUGACUCUGGAGCUUUAAUGCUGGAGGAGGAAGGAGCAGUGAUGGGGGGGCUGCUUGUUGGCCUCAACGUCAUUGAUGCUAAUCUGUGUAUUAAAGGGGAGGAUCUAGAUUCUCAGGUGGCAGUCAUUGACUUCUCCCUCUACCUGAAAGAUCCGGCCAACAGCGAGGCGCCUAAAGACGAUGCAAAGAUGACAGCCAUACUAGACCAGAAGCACUACAUCGAAGAACUGAAUCGGCACCUGAGCGGCACCGUCACCGACCUGCAGGCCAAGAUGGACUCUCUGGACAAGACCAACAGCAAGCUAGUGGAGGAGCUGACAGCUGCAACAGACAGAAUCAACUCUCUGCAGGAGGAACAGGAGCGGCUCAGACAGGAGAACGACUGCAUCCUGCUGACCAGCCAGAAAAAGGAAGAGGCAGCCCUUCAGGAUAGUCAGGCGGAGCUGGAGACAUACAGACAGACCCGGCAAGGUUUGGAUGAGAUGUACAACGUGGUGUGGAAACAGUACAAAGAAGAAAAGCGCAUCCGCCAGGAGCUGGAGCGCGAACUGGAGCUCCAGGUGGGCCUGAAGAAGGAGAUGGAGGUGGCCAUGAGGCUGCUGGAGAAGGACAUCAACGAGAAGCAGGACACUCUGGCAGCCCUGCGCCUCCAGCUGGACCAGGUCAAGACGCUUAACCUGCAGAUGUUCCACAAGGCACAGGACUCGGGGCGGCAAGCAGAGAAGAAGCAGGCGGAGGCGGUGCAGCUGGAGCAGAGGAUAAAUGAGAUGGAGAGAGCCAUGGUGGACCUGGAGCAGCGACUGCAGAAAUCGGAGCAGGAGCGUAAACAGACUGACCAAUCAGAUAGCGACAUGAGGGUGGAGCUGGAAGGGAAAGUGGAGGCUUUUCAGAAGCAGCUGACGGACCUGGACACGUUGAGAGCGGGCUUAGAGAACGAGCUGCGUGCAGAGAGGGAGCAGAGACAGAGCAUGCAGAAAGCUCUCCAGCGGGAGCAAGACAACAGCAGCGAACUGCGCACCCAGCUGCAGCAGCUCCAGGGCCUCCACACGGAGCUGCAGGAUCUGAGGAAAGAGAAAAAGCAGCUGCAGCAGAAGUGUGAACUGCAGGAGCAGACGCUGCAGGAGAUGGGCUUACACCUCAGCCAGUCUAAGCUGAAGAUGGAGGAUUUUAAGGAGGUAAACAAGGCCCUGAAGGGCCACGCCUGGAUGAAGGACGACGAGGCCACCAACUGCAAGCAAUGCCAGAAGGAGUUCUCCAUCGCGCGUAGAAAGCACCACUGCCGAAACUGCGGCGACAUCUACUGCAGCGGCUGUUCGAGCAACGAGCUCGCCCUGCCGUCCUACCCCCGGCCCGUGAGGGUGUGCGACAGCUGCCACGCCCUCUUGCUGCAGAGAAGUUCCUCCACAGGUUCCUGACAGAAACACCAGGAGCGCUCCACGCUGCCACAGAGACUCCCCGACACCGCAGAACCCCAGCCACUAACCAUAGGAGCUCAGCGGGCCGAUUACAAGCGGGUUUGGCGUUCCUUUGUCGACCUGAAAUUCAGGCGCACUCACUUGUCUGUACUAAACAACGGCUGACUUUAACACUGAUGGGGGAGGGGACUAAGACUACAUGCUCAUAGGCUGAAAGUAUAAAUAUCGGGGCUAGCUGUUGGAUCAGACUUAAAAUUAGUUCUGGAGCUGCACCAAUCAAGCUAAGUCUGCCGGUUUUAUUUCGAUUUGCAAAUAGAAUACGAGUUUUUCCAACUUAACUAAUAUGAAUAUCCUUGAUGCAUAAAUGGGGAUCUAAAUGAAUCUGCAAGAACCCACAGUAUCCUUUUGUGUUAGUGAUUAAAAAGACUAAUCUGAGCCGACCAAAGCCUGAUUGGUGCACCUCCAGCUACUUGUCUUUCCUAACAGAUAAAACUGGAUGUAUAUUAUGUAAAACCGAUGACUGUUAAGCUUUCUUCCUGGUAGUUUGUUGCUUUUUUAACUUCAGCGGCCUUGUUGCUGGACGCAAGUUUGUGUAAACAAUAAAUCACACCAUUUAAGAAUGUAUGAAAUUGUCUAACUUCUACAAAAAAAACAUUUAUAUAAUCUAAGAAUGACUGAAUUUUAUAAAUCUAUUUGAUAAGACAAUAAAGCAAAUUUUUCCCCCCAUGCUUAUUUCAUUAAGGUAUUCCAGACUAGUUUAUUCACUUUGUGCACAGAAAAUACAAAUAGCAUUCAAAGCUGUAAAAACCUCCAUGGUCGCAGAUCUUAGAUUCAUUUGCCGUUCACGUAGCCCUCAUCCAGAAUAAGUCCAAUGAACAGUCAGAACAUCAGGAAACAAAAACGCCUGCAAGCCAUGAAGUCAGAUUUUAACAGAAAAACUAUUAAGAAGCGAAAUGAGCUCGAACAUCCAAAAAUACCAGACAGUUUUUCUGCUCAUGCACUCUUUGAAUCGUGUAAAAGUCCAGAACCUUCAGAACCAGGCAGGUGAUCAGAGAACAAAACGUCACACUUGGGGACAAACGAACAUGUGGGUUUUGUAAUGAGCGGAAUGGGGAAGACGACACGUAAGUUACAAUUCUUGUGACAACAAAUGAUUUCACUUCUCUCUGUAAAUCACCCACUUUAAAAAAAAACAAAACAAAACAAAAAAAA